AUGCCUCGCCUCAAGAAAACCGCUGCUCCGACGUCGGAAGAGCUCACUCGCCAAGCCAUCACAGACCUUCAAGAACAGAUGCGUAUGAUAACGGCAGCAUUCCAAAACCUCGCCGCACAGCGACCUCUUGUGAACGAUCAUGCCGAGUUUGAUGAAGAAUCUAUCGCAUCUGACGGUGACGACAAUCCUUUUGCUCCUCUACAAAAUCAACGUACUCAAGCGCAAACAGAAAACGAUGAUUUCAGAUGGGAAAGUGGAUUUAAAUUCGAAAUUCCAGAGUUUCAUGGCGGACAAUCACCUGUAGAGCUACUUGAUUGGAUUGUCACGGUGGAAGAAGUCCUAGAGUUUAAACGUGUUCCGCUUGAUCGUUGCGUCCCGGUUCUUACUAUGCGAUUUCGAAACAGAGCUUCGGCUUGGUGGAACCAACUCAAAGCUUCACGUGCUCGAGAAGGAAAACAGAAAAUCGUUUCAUGGGAGAAACUCAAAUCCAAGAUGCAGAAAACAUUCUUACCGUAUAAUUAUGAGCAUCUCAUGUUCCAGAAAUUGCAAAAUCUGAAACAAGGCUCUCGCUCUGUUGAAGAAUACGCCACUGAAUUUUUUCUGCUUAUUACUCGCAUAGAUUUACAAGAUUCCGAACAACAGUUGGUUGCUCGCUUUGUCGGUGGUUUACGACAGAACAUUCAGCAUACAUUGAAUUUGUUCAACCCUCUGUCUGUUGCUGAAGCUCAUCAACAAGCCCUCACUGUCGAGACUCAAACCAGAGUAAACUACUCUCCUUGGAGCUCUGCGCGUACGCC